AUGAAGGGGACGCUCGCAAUCUGCUGUCUGCUCUCUCUGCUUCUCUUGCAGGCCGCUGCAGAAGAGGAUGCUGUUACGACUGAGCCACUCAGGGACAGAUCACACAUUGAUGAAACACUAAGACUUGCAACUGAAGAGAAAGCUAAUGACUAUACAGCGGCUCUGCAAAAACUUAGACAGAUCUACCACACUUCCAUCAAGCCCAUGGAGCAGGCAUACAAGUACAACGAGCUCCGCCAGCACGAGAUCUCAGCCUACCCUGGACGAACCCUAGGCGACCAGGCAACAGAUGGAGAGAUUACAUCCAAGCCAAUGGUGCUAUUCCUGGGACCGUGGAGUGUAGGAAAGUCCUCAAUGAUCAAUUACCUCCUGGGUUUGCAUGAAAGCCAGUAUCAGCUAUACACAGGAGCCGAGCCCACCACAUCUGAGUUCACUGUUAUCAUGCACGGAGAGAAGAUCCGAUCGGUAGAAGGCAUUGUGAUGGCUGCAGACAGCUCUCGUUCCUUCUCCCCCCUUGAGAAGUUUGGACAGAAUUUCCUGGAGAAGCUCAUUGGUAUUGAGAUGCCCCACAAAAUGCUUGAGCGUGUGACUUUUGUAGACACACCAGGAAUCAUUGAAAAUCGCAAGCAGCAGGAACGAGGCUACCCUUUCAAUGAUGUUUGCCAAUGGUUUAUUGACCGUGCUGACCUGAUCUUUGUGGUGUUCGAUCCCACUAAACUGGAUGUGGGCAUGGAGUUGGAGAUGCUCUUCAGGCAGCUGAAGGGACGUGAGUCUCAGAUUCGCAUCAUCCUGAACAAGGCCGACCACCUGGUCACACAAGAUCUCAUGAGGGUCUAUGGAGCCCUCUUCUGGAGCUUGGCACCUCUGAUCAAUGUGACAGAACCUCCUCGUGUCUAUGUCAGCUCCUUCUGGCCGUAUGACUAUGCUCCUGACACCAGCAGGGAGCUCUUCAAGAAGGAGGAGAUCUCUCUCCUAGAGGACCUCAACCAGGUCAUUGAGAACCGCUUGGAGAACAAAAUUGCCUUCAUCCGCCAGCACGCCAUUCGAGUGCGCAUCCACAGCCUGCUGGUUGACCGAUAUGUUCAAACCUUCAAAGACAAGAUGAGCUUCUUCAGUGACCCUGAGCUGGUCUUCAAAGAGAUUGUUGAUGACCCAGACAAGUUCUUUAUUUUCAAGUCUAUUUUAGCCAAGACCAAUGUCAGUAAGUUCGACCUGCCAAAUCGUGACGCAUAUCGUGACUUUUUUGGCAUCAACCCCAUUGCGAGCUUUAAGCCUUUGUCCACUCAGUGCUCCUACAUUGGGGGCUGUUUGUUGGAAAAAAUAGAGAAGGCCAUCACCCAUGAGCUACCUGCUCUUCUGAGCAGCCUUAACUCUGGAAAGCAGCCUGGCCUGUCCUCCUGUGAAGUUACAGGCUGUGGGGAAAAGCCAAAGAACCGCUAUCGGAAAAACUGA